AAAAAAAAAAAUUUGCAGAUAAAUAUUGGGUUGAUGGCUUUACAAUUAAAACCAAUACGUGGAAAAACCCUUCCACUGAACACAGACCCUGACACGAAUGCCGAAACUCUCCAUCAACUUGCUGAGAAGAAGAUGAGGGACUUUAAUAAGGAUCUAAAAGACGAAGGACCCUUCAUCCCCCUGUACCCUGCUGCCUCUGAAAUAAUCAAUGUCCCUGGGACAGACAAUCCUUUUGUGCUUAAGGAAUACAAGGCAGAAGUAGGGAAACCAUAUCAGAGGAUCACAUUUUUUCUCUGCACAAAAAAACUGAGUUUGAUCUUGCUGACACACUGUUGAGUGUGAUGUUAUGUUAACACAUUUGAGAGUAUUAAGCAAUUGUUAACUUAUAGCAACAAUACAGUCUGUUUUAAUGUAAAUGGUUAUUUUGUGAUUUUACUGCAGCCAUUUGAACCUCAGCAUGAGAGCAGCCCCAUAACGCAAACAGAGACACUAAAUGUAUUGGCUCAAGAAAUCAUUGCAGAUUUGACACUUGCUCUUGAACACAAAAAAGUCAGCAGGUUCAAUGUAGCUAGGUCAAACAUAUGGGACGAAGCUGUCAGAGGAUUUAAGCGUGGCUCUUACUCUGAAAACAAUGACAUGCUUGUGAAGUUCACCGACGAUGCUGGCUCUUUUGAAGAGGGUUUGGAUACAGGUGGCCCAAGGUGUGAAUUCCUCACCCUUCUAAUGAGUCAUCUCAAAGAUCGCCCCAUUUUUGAUGGACCUUCAGAAAGCUGCUACCUUGUGUAUAAUUCCAAUGCUGCCAGGGAAGAUGAGUAUUUCUUGGCAGGGAAGAUGAUUGCAGUGAGUAUAAAACAUGGAGGACCAGCCCCACAUUUCCUCGACAAGAACCUGGUGAACCACAUUUUAGGCCAGCCUGGCUUCAAAGCCACUGUAGCAGAUGUAGCAGAUGAGGAGAUAGGAAAGGUUCUGCGUAAGAGCAUCUCGCAUGUGAUUGAGGUAAAUGAGGAGCUGGUGAGUGUUGUAGGGCCCAAGGUUGGCAUGAUGGUGGACAACCCCAUGAUUGCUGAUGGCAGCACACAAUGUGACAUUGCCACCACGCUGCCCAGGGAUACCAACAAUGGCCCGUUGGCCAAUCACGCUACGGCCUCUCCUUCUCCUUUUGGUGAGAUUAAACCCUGCUUCAUCAUGUAG